CGCAGUCCUUUGUGACGUCCUCAGAGAGCGUCGUGAAGACUCCAGACAGUCGCGCCGCGCUGUUUUGUUACCGUGCAGGCGGUCCCCUCAUGUCCCGGUAUUUCGAGGAGGGCUCGCUGUACCAGCUGUCGCCGGUGCGGGUCAAGCUGGAGUCCCCGGAGACGGACCGCGGCGAGUCGGAGGACGAGAUGCGUGUGAAAGACGAGGAAGGGGAGGCGGCGGAGACCGCGUCCGGGAGAGCGGGCGGGGGAAGCGGCGGGUUACCGUUUAACGUGGUGGUCGUGCACCCCAGCGUCGUGGAGACCGGGUACAGUCACCAUGACAACAGCAGCAGCGCACAGCCGGGCCCCGCGGAGCAAGCCCCCAAGAAGCGGCGCAUGCGUUUCUCGGAGGUGGAGGGUCAUGUGGUCCUGACCCAGGUGGCGGAGCGCUGGGAUGAGCUCCACGGGCAGAAGAGCAAGUUUCUGUACCGCGGCGGGAAGAAGCAGAUCUGGAAUGACAUCGCCAGGCUCGUCACGGCCAAGUCCCGCCGCGUGCGGUCCGGGGAGGACGUCCGCAAGAAGUGGACCUCGGAGAAGAAGCUGCUGAAGGAGAAGGGGGCCGGCCUGCUGCGGGCGAGGGCCUGCGGGGCGGGGGGGCCGGGGGGGCAGUUCACUGCCCUGGAGCAGCGGCUCUGGAGUCUGAUGUGCAGCACCUUCGGAGGGGGGGCCGACCGGGCAGAGGCCUGCAUGGUGGGGGGGCUGGACGUGCCCGAGAUCGGCUUCGAGGAGACAUCGCCGACACGGACUCUGCCAGACCCCCCCCAGCGCGAGGUGGAGGAGGGUGGAGGGGAGGAAGUGUCCUCCCUGACCGACAGUGACGACCUCCCCCUUCGAACCCCCCUCCCUGGCGCGGGCACUGGGACCAGCAGAGCACCAUGGAGACCCGCCCCCCCCCCCGCCGGCUCCGCACCCCCCCCCCGGCCCCCUCCUCCAUCGCCCAGGCCGCCGCGGGGACCCCCCGGAGGCUGGGCCGCCCCCCGCUGCCCACGCUGGAGCCGCUGGUCCGGAAGGUGCUGGAGAGGCAGGAGGAGAUCCUGGGAGCCAACCGGACUCACACCCAGCUGCUGGGCAGCGUGGACCGUUCCCUGCAGGCCAUCGCCCACAGCAUGGCCUCGCUGGCAUCCACGCACAGCAGCUACGUGAACUUCAUGAUGGCGAGGAGCCACGGACAGAACCAGAACCACAGCCAGCAGCAGGGACAGUCCAGCCAGCACGGGUUCCCUGGGGUCAGCGUCAACGUGAAUGUGAGCGGGGGGGCUGGGAGAGGCCCCCCCCAGACACAGGGGGCUGUCCUGCACAGGGGGGGGCUGUUUAGCAGUAAAGACUCUGGACUACCUGAUCUGUAAUUAUUAUUAUUAUUAUUAUUAUUAUUAUUAUUAUUAUUGAGGAGCUGUCGUUAACAGGCCGUGCAGUUUGUGUUUUGCGCCUUCAGAACGAGAAGCUAGUGUCAGUGUGAGGGCAUUGUGGGGCAAAGAGAGAGAGAGAGAGGGGGGAGAGAGA